CAAACAUGUCCUUAAACCCUGACCUGAACGCUCUCCUCUUCUUCUCACAGACCCCUAUUCCUCUUCAACUGCUACUGCUACACUUUUUGCCGCCCCGGCGUCAUUGCUCAGCUGCAGCGGAAGAGGUCACGGCUUCCAUUCGACGGUUUUGCGAGGUUUUUAGGCAAAGGUUUUUAAUUUUGUAGUCUUCAAACAAUGGGUAAGAGAGGUAGAAGUGCGAAGAAGGAUGACAGAAAAAGUAAAAGAAGAGCUCGUGCUGAAGAUGUCGAUCCAGAGGACAUGGAUGAUGAAAUAGAUGCCUUUCACAAACAGAGAGAUGUUGUUCCACUGAACAUACAUGGUGAUGCUGGGGAUUCAGAUGAUGAUAAGGAGGAACCGGUUUUUGAUUUCGAGGAUGCUGAUGACGAAGAUAAUGAUGAGGACAAUGAGAUGGAUGAUGAUGACUCACAGCUCACUGGCCUUGCAGCGAAAAUUGCAAGGCAGCAGAGAUAUCUAAGGGAAAAGAUGGGUGGAGCUGAGGAUGAAAUGGAUGAGGAGGAGGAGGAAAAAGAGAAAGACAAUGCUGUUUGGGGGAGAAGCAAGAGACAAUAUUAUAACGCUGAUGAGGCAACGUCAAGCGAUGAGGAACUUCUUGUAGAGGAAGAAGCGGAAGUGUUGCGGAUGCAGAGGGAGAAAGCAAAAUCUUUGUCAAUGGAGGACUUUGGCCUAGAAGAUAUUAGCGAAGAGGAGAGUGACAAAGAACCAACAUUAGGGGAAAUAGCGAUUAGAGGACAAGAUAAAAUCGAUUCUGACAUCAAGAAGGACAUGGAAGAUAAUGGGGUUACAGAUUUUGAGGAGGUCAAGAAAGAUUUAAAUGCCUUGUCGAAGGAAGAGCAAAUGGAUGUAGUAUAUAGUUCUGCCCCGGAAUUGGUUGGUUUGCUGUUGGAGCUGUAUACUGCAGUUGAGGAGCUUGAAGAAAGAGUGAAUCCACUUAUCAGCACGGUAAAAGACGGAGGAAAUGCAUCAAAAGAAGGGGUCCGCUAUUUGGAAGUGAAGCAAAUUCUUUUGCUGUCUUAUUGCCAAGCAAUUACCUUCUAUCUCCUUCUGAAGUCUGAAGGACAACCAGUUCGCGAUCAUCCUGUAAUAGGCCGCCUUGUGGAGAUCAAGAAUUUGUUAGAUAAGAUGAAGGAACUUGAUGAAAAUCUUCCAUCCCAGCUCGAGGAGGUUCUUGUUGGAAACAAGGCUGAUCAAACAGUGGCAACUUUAAUGCAAGAGAAACUCGCAGUCACAUCUGAAGCUUCACCCAGAGAUUACAAUACGCCUGCGGCCGUCAAUGAAUCGCAAGAAGUAGCGAAUCAUCUUGAGGUAGAUUCUCUUGACGGUAAAAACCAAAGCGCCAAAGAGAAGCCUCAGCAGAAUGGACAGUUCGGGGCACAAAGCAUGAAGAUGCUAAAGGUGAGGGCUGCUCUUGAGGAAAAGCUGAGGCAGAAGGGUAUUUUGAGUUCUGCUGCUCCAAAAGGGGAGAAAAACAGAAAGCAUUUGAAACCAGUCAAUGGGAUGCUUGAAACACGUGAGGAUUUCGAUGAUAAUGCUACUGGGAGUGACGGAACCAAGCAUGGGUUGAGUAAUGGGAAUGCAAGUUUAUCCGAGUCAAGCAAACUUUCCAGUCUCAUUGUUGCGAAGCAGAAUAAGACCAAGAUCAUAUCAGGUGAUGAUGAUUUGCCAAGGAGAGAUGACAUUGGCGAGAGGCGCAGGAAACAUGAACUUCAAGUGUUGGCUGGUGCCGGAAUUGAGCCAGAGGAUGAAGCUGGAAUUGCGGAUAGCCCUCCCAGGGCUGAUCUAGGUUCUGAUUCAGAGAAUAGUGUGUCAGAGGAGUCCGGAGAUGAAUUCUAUGAACAAGUCAAGCAACAAAGAGCUGCUAAACUUGCUGCUAAAGCAGAGAAGUACUCAAGGAACUCUACAGCUCCAGCUUUGCCAGAAACUGUGGAUGGGAAACGUCUGAUUACUUAUCAGAUGGAGAAAAACAGAGGCCUCACACGAGCUCGCAAGAAACUCACCAAGAACCCCAGAAAGAAAUACAGGACGCAGCACCAGAAGGCAGUGGUGCGACGAAAGGGGCAAGUGCGGGAAGUCAGGAAGCCUUCUGGACCCUAUGGUGGGGAAGCUUCUGGGAUCAAUGCUGGUAUCAGCCGGAGCAUCAGGUUCAAGGGCUAAAAUAUUCACAAAUGGAACCUGCUUCACUGCUAACAACCUGAGUCGUCUGGCUGCCAUUAUACUUUUUGGAACGGGAGGAUUCUUUUGCUGUGUGGGCGAAUUGCCAGAAGAUUGUGGAAUAGGUUGGGGUGCCAUUCUCUGUUGGAUCCCGCUGUUUGACACGGUUUUCAUUUCUCGGUCGCGCGAGAUCAUUUCGAAAGUGGUCAGGUCAUUUUGAGAUGUGCUUGAGUCAGAUUUGGCAUUCGUGUUUUUAUUUAACCAUGGAAAUGUGGAGCAAAAAUUGUUUAGGUUUCCUAGGAAGACAUGCUUUUGGCCAAUAACGGGAGGUUUUCCUUUUGUUUUCGUACUAAUUUACCUCUAUGAUAGUUUUAACAUCAAUUGAUCUGUUUCGGUUUUAAUUACUGUGAUCACUGGUGUAAGUUAUUAUUAUUUGUCCCCCACCAUUAGCAAUUGUA